UGCGGAGGGGUAAAAAAGCUGGUCCCGCAGAGGGAGAUCACUGCGAUUCCAGCGAGCAAUCACUGCAGCGCAAACAGGUCUGGGGAGGAAGGGAUAGAGAGAGGGGAGCCACCACCCCAGUCCACUUCACUCCACCAGUCCACCCGCAAUAUGAUCACACACGCGCCGAUGGAAUAAGCAACAAAAGAACAGUGAGAAAACUAAAGGAAUCUCACGUCAUCUCCCGCGAGGAAUUCGAUUCGAAUAGGCUACUUUCGUUCCUUCUACGUGACGCUAAAUUUGGACACGUCCAGGUAGACAGACAAAACUUUCGACAGCGACUUUAGGCCUAUAUAUUUUAGGAUUGCAUUACGCAUUGAAGUUAUCCAUGCCGACUUCAUAACCAGGCAUUGCAUUUAGAUUUCCAUUUUAUUUUUUAUUUUGUUAUCCUAAACCACCUGUCUGAAUAUAACUGAGGAUGAUCAUGUUUUCACACGAGUUCUUCGUCUCCUUCCUCGCGGUUACCUGUCUAUUUGGGAUACCCAGAGCCUCCGCAGCGGCAUGCGAGCCCAUCCGGAUCCCGCUGUGCAAGUCCAUGCCCUGGAACAUGACGAAAAUGCCCAACCACCUCCACCACAGCACCCAGGCGAACGCAGUCCUAGCCAUUGAGCAGUUUGAAGGGCUUCUUGGCACUCAGUGCAGUCCAGAUUUACUGUUUUUUCUGUGCGCCAUGUACGCUCCAAUAUGCACUAUUGACUUCCAACACGACCCUAUCAAGCCCUGCAAGUCGGUGUGUGAGCGGGCGAAAUGCGGCUGUGAACCGGUGAUGAAGCGGUAUAAUCACACCUGGCCAGAGAGCUUGGCCUGCGAGGAUCUGCCAGUCUAUGACCGAGGAGUCUGUAUCUCACCAGAGGCCAUUGUCAAAGCAGAAGGACCAGGUAGGAUAAGGGUGAUGAUGAUUGAUUCCAUGGUGUAUUUCUGAAAUAGAUAUUGUGAAUAAAUAUACCUCACAUAAUAUAAAGAGAGAGAUCAAAAGGAAAAGAUGAUGAUGAUGUACAAUUCUCUACAGCAGCCACUUCUAAGUACAUAUUAUUCCUCUCUUCCUCAGACAACCCCUACUAUCAAGACCCCUCAAAAUGCUCACCUGGUAAGAUGCAUGUGACCAUUGAACAUGUUCCCAAUAUAAAGUGAUAUAAAAAAUGAAACCACAGUUGCCUAUUUCAUUAGAGGCUACUUGUGAAGUUGAUAGAUUAUACUGUUCUUAAGUGAAAAUGUUCUCAUCAUAGUUAUUUUUAUUCAGAAUCAACUCCUGACUUUCCAAGUGACUCUCACAAUGUCAACUGUAAAGGAGCCAACAAUGGUAAAAUAAUAUUCACAUUUUCUUUGCUUUAUCUAAACAUUUGAAUACUUUUGCAUGGAGCUGUUUUUGUCCUAACAUACUGAAAAUGUAACUUUGUGUGCUUAGAAAUGGAUGUCUACAAUAUUUUUGGCUAUUGAAUUUAGUGCUGAAGAAUCUAUUCUGUACAGCAUUAUGUUAGAAUAUGAUAUAGAUUUUGAUCUUGUGUUUAUCAUUACAUUAAUUUCAAGAAUGUAAUACUGCUGUUCAAAAACGUGUAGACAUAUAGGGCGAUUUCAUCCCAGAUGUUCUACAAUGAAUCACAUUAUCCUUUUAUUGUUUCAGAUCGAUGCAAGUGCAAGUCGGUAAGACUGGGUCUCAAGACCUACCUAAAGAAUAAUUACAAUUAUGGUGAGUUAUUUUCUGUAUGAUUUUCUUAGGCAAUUAUUUUUGCAGUUCAUAAAUGAGUGAGAGAAGAUUAUAGAAUGAGAGAGAGAUAGUUACUUAGAUAGCUGAUUAUUACAAUGCAUGAUAUUAUCAUUGUCCUAAAACUCUGUGGGACGGUAUUCCAGACACAGAUUAAACCUAGUCCUGGAGUAAAAAGCACUCUCAAUGGAAUCUCCAUCAAAAGUGCUUUUUAGUCCUGGACUAGGCUUAAUCUGUGUCCAGGAAACCGGCCCUGUAUGUUCAGUAAAACAAGUUGGCUUUCAAAAGUAAAGGAUCCUAAAAUAAUCAAAUUAACUAAAAUCCUGUUGAAUCUUUUCCUCCCAGUGAUUCGUGCAAGGGUGAAGGAGAUUAGAAGCAGGAAUCAUGAUCUGAGUGCCAUCGUGGAGGUCAAAGACAUCCUGAAGUCUUCCUUAGUGAACAUCCCUCGUGAAACAGUCACACUGUACUACAACUCUGGCUGUCCAUGUCCUCCUCUCACUGCCAACGAUGAGUACAUCAUCAUGGGUUACGAGAAUGAGGAGAGAUCCAGGUACGUCUUUAGCCAGUCGUAUUACUGUAUCUCUACUGGCAACAAUCAAUCAUGGGAUAAUUUAUAUAUUAUUGUGUACAUCAGGGGAGCUGCCAAUUCCAAUUCCACAUUUCAUCAUUGAAAAGCAAUGGAGGAGAAUAGGAAUUGGAAUGGAACUUUCAGUUUACUUCCUGAAUUGGUGGAAUUGAAAUGGAAUUGACUCCAACCCUGUUGUACAUUUUAAGGAAGGCAGUAGGACCUACUGUAGCCUACUUCCUGCUUUAUGUAAUGCAUACCACAUUGUAACUCAUAUGCCACCUACCUGUCUGUCAUACAUGUAGGCUUCUGCUCAUCGAAGGCUCCAUUGCACAGAAGUGGAAGGACCGUAUGGGGAGGAAGGUGAGGCGUUGGGACCAGGUACUGAAGGACCAGAGCCGGGGGAACUCAAGGGGGAGAAGCAAUAUGCAGAGGAGCCGCCACUGAUCAACCAAGACGCGUCCCUGUGCAGUGAUGAUAGGGUUGCAAAAUUCCACUAACUUUCUCAAAAUUCCAAGAUUUCUGGAAUCAGGAGGGAAUAAGCAAGAAAUCCGUAAUCCUCCAACCGGGAUUUCUGGGAAUUUGGGGAAAGUUACCAGAAUGUUGCAACCCUAAAUGAUGACAUAUGGGACAACAUGUGGAGACAGAAAGAUAGAAAGAAAAGUGUUUGCAGACAGAAAACUGAAAUUGCACUAUUGCACGUUUUUAUUUUUCAAACUGUUGUAGCUGAAUGUAGAUACUUUUUUUAGUUGUUGCUUUGUUUUGUAUUAUAUUUGUUUAUAAUUCUUUUAAAAAACUUUUUCAUUCUUUUUUGGGACGAACAAAAUGUUCAUUUAACAGUGCUGAGUGUGUGUACAGUUGGACGAGGAUUGCGAGCCUUGCGUGGGACUUGGCUGGAAGAGUGACAGUGACUGCAUCCCAAAUGGCACCCUAUGAACUAUAUAGUGAACUUUAUACUUUUGGCCCAGGCUCUGGUCAAAAGUAGUGAACUAUAUAGGAAAUAGGGUGCCAUUUGGGAUGCACAAAUGUCUUAGCACAGCGUUAUGUUAGAAGCACUCUAAAGAAAAAUGAUGGAUAUUUAUCUAGCAGCUAGAGACGGCACAUUGGAUGAAGUGGAUGUCUUUAAGAUACCAAAGUGCUUUCACGAUGGGGUGCUCUGUUAUGCUUUAUUUCUUUUAAAGGAAACACAAACAAGUUGUAAUCUGGCUAUUUUCCACUACAAGAGGAUUUAACAUAUUUCAAAGGAGAAAAUGAACAAAGGAUGAGGAGGGUGGGAGGGAGGGAGGCGGGACAUAUUUUUUGUCAGUAUGCAAAGAAAAGUCAGAAUGAUCCAAGAAGACAGAGAGUAUAUCGACACAAAACACGACAACAUUGAGCUAUUGAAAUAAUGAUUGCAUUACAUGUAAUGUCUCCUGGCUUAGUUCUCUCGCUCUCUCUUUGGAACAAAAAGUUUGAAUAGUUUUCUUAUAUGUCUCAUGCUUUGGAGCUCAGAUGAUUUGCUGAUUGUCUUUCUUACAGUCGUUUUUGGUGCUUUGGGUUUUUCUAAACUGAACUGUAGAUCUAUACUUCUCAUAUACAUCACUCUGGUUUGACUUCGUUCACAACAUACAUACAGACAUGCAUACAUAUAUAAAUCUAUGAAAUGCUAACCACCGCUCAAUUGUGAUUGUAAAUCUGAUUUGAGUGCUUUAUUAAACAUUGUCUGGCUGGUGUCAUGUCCAACUCAUACUCCAUGGCUGUAUGUCUUGCACAUAAUGUGAUCAGAAAAUGUUUUUAUUCCAAAACAAUAUUUUCCUCAGCAAACACGUAGUGUACAGUAUUACCCGGCCCUGUAUAGCCUAACCUACUUGAAGAACUCAACCUGUCCACAAUUGAAACUAAAUUGACAUGACUAAACUACAACAUGGGAGGCCAUGACUGGCUAGCCUACACACUUCAACAUAUUGAGAGAAGUUUGGUGAGGAGUCUGGACUGCACUGUAAAUGAACAGGAGUAAAAGAGGAAUGAAGAGGGAAGCUGUAUGUAUGAGUAGCUACCAGGUUGAGGAAAGUAAGAGAGAGAAUAUGGACUGAGGCCAAAUCAGCGUACUGCUCGCCUGCUCCCUCCCGGCCAAUGAAAACAUUCAUGCUCUUAGUCAGAGGGAGUCUGUUUAUCAUCCAACAGUACACAGUCUCCUAACCAAACCAAUCGACAGGGAAAUGAUAUGUGUUUAGACUUACAGGGGCUUGCUCGUUGUGAACAGACAAAGCUUGGACUUGCACAGUGACAGACAGAAGCUGCAAAACAGAUUCUCCUCACAAUAAAAGAUGUCUACCAGUGUUACAUGAACCAUGCAAAGUUGCUUAGUUUGUCAAGCAACCUAGUUCAUAGUAAAAAAUGCACAAUAGAACAAGAAUAGCAAUUCAUAAUAUAACUAUUUUACUGUUGCUUACUUGUCAUAUUAAAUGAAAUAACAUACAGGGAAGUGGACAGUUUAUUAUUUGUCACCCAGGUCAGCGAAAUACUGAGGUCUUGAAUGCUUCCUGGCCCACACUACUGUACAUCAUCAAAUAUUCUAAAUCUCCCUAUGUGAAGUCCAUAGAAUAAAAAUGAUGAUCAUUCAAUUUCUAUGACAACGUCAUCCUGUCGAGUGCUUCCGGAACGUACUUAAUUACAGGCAAGCAGAGAUGGACUGUAGGGGAGGAAUAUAUGAGUGAAGAGACUCAACUUAAUCAUGGACUGUCUGUGGUGAGUUUCUGAGAUAAUGAACACAAAAUGAAUUUGUUAUAAUGUCAAAAAUGUACUGACCCCACCUCGAUGUUGGGUCCAUAAAUUGGGAGGCCAUCUUCAGCCGCAAGCAGGCAUGCACAGUUGCGCGCACACACACACACACUACUACCCCUGACUUGUUUUACUGCGACCUGACACUCUGGAUAAAUCGCUCUCAUAAUUAAUCUGUCCCACCCCCUGCAUUUUAACUCACGAAAAUGAUGCACCAUGUGGGAACCAUCAAAUCCCAGUACAGUGCAGUGAGAGAUGUAAAUCUUGUUUUCCGGCGUAGCCGCUCUGCUCAGUGUUGGGUUGUGUCCCAAAUGGCACCCUAUGGGCCCGAGUCAAAAGUAGUGCACUAUAUAAAUAAUAAUAUGCCAUUUAGCAGACGCUUUUAUCCAAAGCGACUGACAGUCAUGUGUGCAUACAUUUUUACGUAUGGGUGGUCCCGGGGAUCGAACCCACUACCCUGGCGUUACAAGCGCCAUGCUCUACCAAUUUGAGCUACAGGGAAUAGGGUGUCAUUUGGAACACAUCAAGUGGAGUGAGAUCAUGGCAGGGGCAUCGCUCUGUUCCAGUCACUUCCUGCCUCCCUAAACAUAUUACUGACUGGGUUUAUAAGACACAGAUUUAAUGACUUCCAUAAGAGCACAGUGAGUGACACACCAUCAAGCCCUACUGCACCUGCAACCUCUCGGCUGAACGCUGAAACUAUAGGCCAGAUAAAGUGCACUUUUAAUCACUCUUCACUCUGCAAAAAUAGUGAUUUUAUUUCACAUUAUGACUUUGCAAUAAUGAUAUUAUGAAUCAGCUCUGAAACAAUUUCAUUACAGUUGCCAUUUGUCAUUCUCCUGUAGAAUAAAACAAUGCAAUGAUGCAUGAUGAGAAACGAUUCCGUGACACCAGGCUAUUCACCUCUAUCUGCUCUCCGUCCUUCUUACACUAGUACUCGCUGUUCCUCUCCUUCUAUCUGUUCCUCUCCUCGACCUUGCCAGGGAGACUGAGAAAGUAUCUGCCCAUUUCCCAUGAAAGCUCAGCAGCCCUGUUUCCUGUGCUGGAGCUUAGGGGAAGGCAUGGGGGGAGGUGAGAGAGAUGAAACGGUCCAGGGAUGAGAACACAGUGGCAACACAUCAAACUUGUCUCUCUCUCUCUCUUUCCAUCUCUCUCUCUCUGUCAGAAACCUCUGUCUGCACCAGUUUGCGGUACGCACCGACCACCGUCACAGAGAGAACACACAGGAACAAAAUCUCUCAUCACCAUAAGCGACCCCUCUGGACCCAUUGGAGGAGAUGGCCGAUCUGUUCCCAUCCUCAUCCUCUGGCUUUAUGAGUAUAAGAGCCACAUGUUAGAUGAAUUAGCUAGGAAGCAUAUCAAGACUGGACAAAAUGUGUUGAACCAGUGUCCCAUGUCCAAUGCAAACUAACUUGCGUCAGAAAAUAUCUACCAGGCUGCAACAGACCCUAAUUGAUUAUCUUGUGGUUUAUCAUUGGUAGAAGUGUGAAUGGGCCAGACCAUGGCCAUUAGAAGUGUGAAAUAUGAAGUUUGGGUGGAUGUAUAGAGACAGGUUCUGUGCUGCUGCUGUUCUGCUUGUUACCCAGGCCCAGCGUGUUUAAUGUUCCCCCUGGAGAGAUGACCUUUACCUCCCCCUGCUGAUGGCUGGCUUCAACGAGGCUUCGCUGAGCCUGUUUGCUGGGCCUUGGGUGACUGAAUGAUUGCUCCAUGUUUAUUUUCCUCUGAGAGGUGGAAAAACCCCACCCUCCCGACCAACCCGGGGCCGCUGGAAGGGGUUGGAGCGGAGAGCUGAGGAGCGGUGUGGAGCUGGCAGCACUUCCACCAUUUCUGGCAUCAGCGAGUUGUAA